AUGCCCCUCACCUUACUUAGUGCAGCACCUUUACGGUCCGCUAUUGGACCCAUUCACCAUGCCCCUCUUGCUGCCAAAUAUCGAUAUUCUCCUCUUGCCACCGCAUUACCCGGAACUGCGCCAGCCGUUACUGCUCAAGCUACUGCAGAUUACCUCACGACAAUGUUACAGAUGAGCCAGAUGAACGCGCUUGCUGCCUGA